AGUACCGUGACAUCGACUCCACUGACAUUUACUGGCAAGCCCUUGAAGAUCAAAGGAACGACUGUCUUCAUCCUCUGGUGGUCUGACUAAGGGAGACUACCUUGAAGAUGACCGUAGUCUCAAACGAUCCUAGUUGGUGGCCACAUAUCAAUGCCAAUGUGGUGGCCAGCUAUAUUUCAGCCGCCUCUUGUACUAUGCUAGUAUAUGAUUGGGCAUUGAUGUUCGGACAAGAGCUUCAACUAAUCUGGAGGCAACGCUGUUCCCUCAUGACAGUUAUGUAUCUCUGUGUGCGCUAUGGUGGAAUACUAUACUCUUUCGUCACCAUGCUGGAGGGUCUCCCGUCAAUCUCGGUGACGAAUUUAGGCAAAACUUUUUCCCUCGCACGAUCAUGGACCUCUGUGGUUGAAAAUGCUAUACUAGGCGUCAUCAUGAUCACUCGGUUACAUGCUAUGUAUCAGGGAUCCAGAAUCAUGCUCAUCUUUCUUGUUGUCGUCUUCGUGACUCUCACAAUCCCCAGUAUAGUGACCACGGGAAUACUAGGCAGCUAUCAUUUAUGGGAGGAGUUCGUUCUGUCUGGCACCUAUCAGUGUAUCGAAAUUGGGGGAUCCGCGAUCAAGUUGACAGUCGUGACUUGGAUACUGGGUAGUGUCUGGGAGGUCCUUGCACUGUGUCUUGCACUUAGGGUUUCCGUUAAACACUUCCGCGAUUUGCGGCGAUUCGGACCAUCGACAGGACAGACCACCAUCGAGGACUGUUUCACGGUGUUGAUAAAAACUCACGUGCUCUACUUUGCUGCCUUUGCCGCUGUUCCUUGCUUCAUCAUCGGCUCGCUGUCUCCGCAGAUCUCUGAUUCAUCUUCUGUGGGAGUUCAGGCUUAUGGUGGCAUUCUCCAGAUUUCCUUGCCCGUGCAGAUGUUCGUGCUAGGCCCACGCCUCAUCUUAAGCAUUCGAGAAUAUUAUGCCAAGGUUGUGGUCAAUUCCGAGGCAGGAACUGGCAUAACCACCAUUGCUUUCCAGGAGCGCACGCACGUAUCAACUGGUGGUGACACUGAUGUAACACGGGAAGUGCUUCAAGUCAUGCGUCGAUGAGUCACCAGGUGUCGAGUGUUCUGCCACAUGUAAUGUGCGAAGUAUGUCUGGAGUUUCGUUGUGUAAUUGAUUUGGUGCUACGCAGUUGUAUUCUUAUGUCAAUAGACCGCACUGCUUGCUUGUUAUAAAUAUUCCUUUAAUCUCAACUUGAAGGACUUACUACCGAGGGACCACCAAGGAGCCGG